UCACACAUUCAUGAUAUGAAACACGCUGAAUUUUAUUCAAUAAUCAUUCCAACAUAUAACGAGAGAGAAAACUUGCCUAUAUUGAUUUGGUUGAUAGAACAUUAUUUAAAAGAGAUAAAUCAUGAGAUAAUUAUUAUCGAUGAUGGUAGCCCAGAUGGAACAGAAUUAGUUGCCCUUGAGUUGGAGAAAUUAUAUGGCAAAAAUAAAAUUAUUUUUAAACAAAGAGGCAAGAAAUUAGGGCUUGGUACAGCAUAUAUAUAUGCUUUAGGAUUUGCUAAAGGUGAUUUUGUUAUUUUAAUGGAUGGUGACCUAUCACAUCAUCCAAAAUUUAUUCUUCAAUUUAUAAAAAAACAAAAAGAAAGAAAUUAUGAUAUUAUAACAGGUUCAAGAUAUAUAGCACACGGGGGUGUCUAUGGUUGGGACAUGAAAAGAAAAAUUAUUAGUCGUGGCGCCAAUUUAUUAACGCAAAUACUAUUGGAUCCCAAGGUGUCCGAUCUCACUGGCAGUUUUAGGUUAUACAAAAAAAUCUGCUUAGAAAAAUUGAUACGCUCUUGUCACUCCAAAGGUUACGUUUUCCAGAUGGAGAUGAUGGUUAUGGCCAAAAAGUUUCAAAUGACGAUAGGAGAAGUACCUAUAACUUUCGUAGACCGUUUUUACGGGGAAUCAAAGUUGGGCGGGAACGAAAUUCUACAGUUCAUCAAGGGCCUUUACAAAUUGGUCAUAUAUUCCUGAAUCAGCAAUUUUAUUCAGGGAAUCACUGGGAAUUCAGCCAUUUUUGUUGUUAUAUGCGCGUAAUUUUAAAAUGGGUUUAUA